AAAUUUCCCUUGUUUUUAUGAAAUAAAAUCGGUAAUUAAUGUAUAUUUACUGACAAAAUUAACCAAAAGUUAGAAAUUUAUUCCUCCCUUAAAAAUUAUGGAAAUAUACAAUUUAUGACAAAAAUAAACCAUGGUAACAGUCCACUGGAAAUUUAAAUCUAUACCAAAGUCUUUCUAUCAUAUAUUUAAAAACUUUUUUCAAAAAUGGGCCACAGGCUUCCGCUCACUAACUUACAACCAUUUUAUGGAUCAAAGUUAUGCAGCAGACGUCUGUAUGGAACCUAUGUUUUGGUUUGUGGAUAAUUUUACUAAUGCUAUAGGACCUAUAUUUGUUGUGGCAGUAGUGGGUUUAACUUUAUCAGUAGUAUGCAUUGCCUACUGGAUAGGUCUGCCAUACUGGUGGAACCGAAACCCAUGCAUUUGUGUUUUUCUAGUCAUUAUCGGGCACUGGUUACUUUUAAACAUUUCAUUUCAUUAUUAUAUGGCUGUGGUUACACACCCAGGAUACCCUCCCCAGGGUGAGUUGAUAACGGAAGCUGUGAGUAUUUGUAAGAAGUGUAUUGCUCCUAAGCCACCCAGGACGCACCAUUGUUCUGUAUGCAAUAGGUGUAUAUUGAAAAUGGACCACCAUUGUCCUUGGUUAAAUAACUGUGUGGGUUAUAGGAAUCAUAGAUACUUUUUUCUUUAUAUGGUUUACAUGGUUUUAGGUGUAUUUUUUGUUAUAUGCGCCGGAUUUGAUGUGGCUUAUACAGCCAUACUAUUAUCUCCAGAUGAUUUGAAUGAACCUGAGUUGGAAGGGCAUUCAGUGAAAUUUAAUAAAUCUGGAGCACUUAUACCUGUUACUGAUGCAGUGGAUCUUGAUUCAUCUCUGUUAGAUGACGAUUACAUCCAAGCAUAUGAGCCUAUAACACCUUGGAAAAGAAGAGCCAUAAUUUAUAUGGCCCUUAUAAAUUGCGGGGCUUUUAUAGCACUAGGCGCUCUGAGUUCCUGGCACUCAAAAUUGAUUGGCAGAGGGGAGACAAGCAUUGAGGCUAAUAUAAACAAAGCGGAAACGACAAGACUUUCGGAAAUCGGUAGAAUAUAUGUGAAUCCGUAUAAUUUCGGCAGCCGGAAAAAUUGGAGGAUUUUUCUCGGGUUGAUACAAGGCAGAACUUUUUUAACUGGCGUGCUUCUACCAUCUGCGCAUGAGCCGAUAGGUGAUGGUCUCACCUGGCAUACUGUACAUGAUGAUAAUCUGGACGAAUGGCCCUAACAUAUACUCUAGUCACUACAUGUUUUUUACCAUUCCGUAUUUUUUCGUAAAUAUUUGCUCAAGUGUUUUUAAUUCUGGUGUUUUUGCCGCUAAGGACACAGUGAUACAAGGGAUAAGUAUGUAAUAUGUAAGGCCCGGAUUUUUAGGUCAAAAAGUGAUAAAAGGUUCC